AAAUUCAACUUGUCUCAUUUCAGUAUUUUCGCAUUUAGAAUAUAGUCAUAUUCAUAUUAGUCUAUGUUUUUUGUUUGGUUUUAUUACCAUGCCUUCUCGGAAACGCCGUAAAACGCAUCCAGACAUAUCCCAACGGAUAAGCGGCAGGAAACAGCCCUACAGUCUCCCUCAAAGGGCCUCCUGCUUGGGUCAGCAGUCCACUGUCUCUGACCAUCAGCCUGGCCACCAAACGGUCAUCCAAGAGGCUAAUAGGAAGAGGCCAAGAAGCAGCACUACACAGUCUGCUCCCACCACAAGCACAACAAGUGGCGUCUCCCAGAAAAGAAAGAGGGAAGACACUGACAGCAGCCCAGAGGAGAGGACCCCUUCUCAGGAGCUAGACGAUGAGGUGUCCAUCUUGAUCGGAUCAAACGAGACCACCUGUGCCGAGACCCCUGAAGGUGUUUUUACAUCCAAGUAUACUGUGGGAGAACAGCUUGGAUCAGGUGGAUUUGGCUCAGUGUACGCCGGUAUGAGGAAGUCAGAUGGUGAAAAGGUGAGAAUCAUGAAGGCUUUUUUUGUUUUUGUCUCACACGUUUCCAGAAUUUACUUGAUGCCUGAGUGACAUUUCUUUUUGCUUCAUAUGUUCUCAUACUUGUAGGUGGCCAUAAAGUUUCUUUUGAAACGAAGAGCGGUGAAAUGCUUCAGCGCUCAGUUUGAUUGCAUGCAGGGGCCUUUGGAAGUGGCCCUGAUGACCUUGGUGUCCCAGCCUGAGCAAUGCCCUAACAUCGUGCAACUGCUCGACUGGUUUGACUUUGAGAAUCUGUACGUGUUGGUGUUGGAGCGCCCCAGCCCCUGCGCUGACCUCUAUGAGUUCAUGGAGGUGUUUGGAGGCCCUUUCGAAGAGAUGGACGCUAAAUCCAUCAUUCAGCAGCUGGUCCAUGCUCUCAUCAGAUGCAGAGACAAAGGCGUCUUCCACAGGGACCUCAAAACCAAAAAUGUCCUAAUCAACAUCGCUGAUUAUUCCAUCAAAUUGAUUGAUUUUGGCUGUGGCGACCUUAUGAGGGACACCUACACCAGAUUUGCCGGUACACCAACCUACAUACCACCAGAGUGGCUCCUGCAUAAAUGCUACAGGGCCUCCCCCACCACAACAUGGACACUCGGAAUCCUGUUGUUUGAGCUGGUGUGUGGUUUCACGCCCUUCAGGACCCCAUUCGAAAUCACUCACAACCAGCCCAAGUUUGUUGAGGGUUUAUCCGAAGCAUGUAAGGACCUCAUCAGCUGGUGCUUGAGGAAGGAGGCAGAGGAAAGACCCACUCUGGAGGGCAUACUGACGCAUGAGUGGAUGGCCACCAAUCUCUCAUAAAUAGCCACUGGGAGAAACAGACAGGGGAGAUCAGGGACAAUGCCACCAGCUGCCUCUUCCUCCAUCAGCAGACCGAAAAGAAAAGUGACAGAUUACACCAAUCCCAUUUCUAAUUUCAACCCCCUCCCCUACCUACGCCUUCCCCUUGGCCCUCGACCCUUCAAACGGAGCAGUAUGAAUUGAGACACCCCUUCAACGAUCACGGAUUGAAACCCAUAGCAUUCAAAAACCAGUCUCUCAAUGGUUAAACCAAAGAUAUUUGUAAUAACUCGCUCAACAAUUUAAAAAAAGGACAACAGCGUUAACCCUCACAAUUCCUUUAUGCAACUCCCAUGCAUUAGGUUGGCAUUAAAAGGGAUUUUUUUCAUGUCUGUUUCAUGGACAAAAUGACCAUUACAAAUUGGGACAAUGUUUAUUGUGUAUAAUUAUUACAACUGUGAAACCGUAAAUUAUGGCAAAAAAAUUGUUUAUGUGCUUUUGUGGAUACCACCCAUUUAGGCAUUCACAAUUCAUUCGGGGAAAUCUUUCGUACCUCUCAGUUUGAAGUGUGCAUCCGUAAAAUCUCCGUUAGAAGGGGUAGAAAGCACUUCCCCUUACCCCUUCCUCUCUGUCCGAACAUGAAUUGGGACAUUCCAAGCCCUUCACGUGAACACGCAAAAAAAAAAAAUGAAAUGGGAUUCAGCCUGGGUCUCACCUGGGUGGAGCACCACCGCACAGCAGGGCACCUGAGACUCGCCUCCACAUAGUGUGUCAGUCUUGGCCAUAAGAUUUUGACUGAAUGUGGAAGACCAGCAUGUACAGUACUCUCUCCGACAGAGAAAGAAUUCUCCUGAUCUAUCUCCUGUGGCCUGCAGUUUUAGCACAAAUGCCCACCUUCUCCAGCAUUGGGACUUGAUUAAAACAUACAUGCUCAACUGCAAAAGGACUC